AUAUUUAAAAAUAAAUACAAACAACUUCUAUUUACCCGAUAAUCCAGAUAGAUACGAAGUAGUACAGAAUAUUUUCUAAAAUACAAAUUGUGCUUUUGGUUUUCAUCAAAUUCAUAUUUUCUCACAUUGGAAUAUAAUAUCGAUAUAUCGAUUCAUAAAUAGUUAUUUAACGCGCAAGUUUAAACAUGUUUUCGACUUUUCCAGUGCUGGAAACAUCGUAUUGAAAAUCCAUCCUUUUUCAUGAAAAAGCUUGCUUUGAACUUGGUCCCAUUAUAUUUUGACAAGUACCAGGAAGUGGAUCUUUUCAAAUCUCUUUUGCCGAUUCAUAUAGCAUCAUGGGGAACGAAAAUUUAUUCGAAAACGGAAUAAUCCCAGUUCCGUGGCACCAGCAUAGGCUGAAGGGAUGGCCCUUCCGACACCCUCUUCCGAAGAUGACGGCCGCUGAGUGCAUCGGCAUUUUCAGUAUCACCGACUGGAAGUAUCACGACGACGCACGAAAUGCCACUUAUCUGUGCGAUCCCAUCCCAAAAGUGCCCAUCGAUUUGAACCAAGGAAUCGAAAAUGUUAUUCGAAGAAAGCCGGCCAUCAUGAAUGACCUUGAGUACAUUCUGAAAUAUAUAGAAAGUCAUCAAAAGGAUUUUCUGGUCCGGAAGGGAGACACCUUCCAACUUGAUGCUGAUUUCAUAAUAUGGCGAGGAGUCCUCAGAAAAAUAAUGUGCAUGCAAUAUGAGAGGCAGGAAGAUCUUCGCAUUAAGGCUACCCGUGUGAACGGCACGAUCUAUGUGUAUAAAGAGGACACCGAGCAAGAGUUGGCGGGGGAGGCUUCAUUGACAGCACAACAACUGGACAUAUGCUCCUGGGGCUACAAGUUUGAGCAGUGCCUUACCAGCAACAAGCCAUGCGGUAAGCCAUUAACCGAUGUACCUGUCAACGAGGGCGCGGAACUUAACUGCAUGUUUCGCAAAAAUAUAAAUGGACUUCGUUUGAUUUAUGGAGCCGAAAUGGACACCAUUGCCAGUUCUCAGCCAGUGAAUUUCCAAGAUCCCCUCAUCUAUAAACGCCUUGAAUUUGUGGAGCUGAAGACUGGACCUUACAAUAGGAGCCCCCAUCAAGAAAAAACGUUCCAAUUCUUUAAGACGGCCAGCUGGUGGAGCCAAUCUUUUCUAGUCGGCAUCAAGACGAUCUACGCUGGUAUGAGGGACAAAAACGGCGUGGUGCAGGAGAUUCGCCAAUACGAUACACGCGAUCUGCCUAAUAAUAAGCCUUGGAGUCCAUCGGCCAUGCUCACAUUUCUGGAGAUAUUCUUGCGCCAACUCAAGACCCUCAUGGAGGCGAUCGACGAUCCAUUUGCCGUUGUCCAGGUGGACUUCUUGGCCCAGGAGCAAUGUACUUAUUACAAGGUGCUGCACGGCAAGGAGAACCAGAUCCUUCCCGAUUGGUACCGCCAGCUUUUGAAAGACUAGUUUGGUUGAAAACUCAUUUUUUUCAGUCAUGUUUUGAAGCUUAUAGGAAACAUGAUAUAAAUGCAGGUUCAAAUUGCAGUAAAAAUGAGGUUCCAAUUUUUAAAAACAUCGACAUUGUAUUGUCAAAUCUUAUAUUUUCUACCUAUGCUGAUUUGGUGUUAAAACUAUAUAGUUAAAUAAAUUUUAAAUUGAAAA